CUGAGAUUCGUACCAUUUGUCCAAAAUAAAACCGGCUUUCCUGCUGAAUGAGCUAAUAUUUUGCUGUUGUGCAACAUGAAAGUUUACCGGCUGCCAUUGCAAUUCUUGGCAGUGUCUUUUUUCCACUACCCUUUAUGCAGCUACCUUUGGAUGUUUCACCAGCCGUGUAGUGCACAUCUCUGUCGACAGGAUAAAGCUCACUUGGCCGGCAAGUGCAGAGAACCCGUGCCAUCAACCUUUUCCCCUGUGUAAACAUCGUCAUCCAAACAACACACAUAGGUCACACCGUCCAUAAACCACUGGCUUGAGUAACAAGAAGGUAAACAGCAAGAUUGUUAGCAUCACUGCAAAUGGGAAAGCUUUGGACGACCCUAUCUCACCUUUACUCCUUAGCAGGGCCUACUGUCACUCUACUUUACCCCUUACAUGCAUCAGUGCAGGCAAUGGAGAGCUCGUCAAAGCUCGACGACGAGCAGUGGCUGGCAUACUGGAUCCUUUACUCAUUCAUCACCCUCAUGGAGAUGGUGCUGCACUCCCUCAUCCGCUGGAUUCCAAUCUGGUAUGAGCUGAAGCUGCUGUUCACAGCCUGGUUGGUGCUCCCAAACUUCAGGGGAGCGGUAUUCAUCUAUAACAAGUUUGUGAGAGAGCAUGUGAAGAAGCACAAUGUCAUACGAGCUGCUAGUGAUCCUGGUAACGUUAGCAACAACGCCCGUCCUGACGAGGACAGGAUCAUUUCGACUUCUCCAAAAGGGAAAAAAACAAAGAGGAGACUACUUUCCAUGGUCAUCCCCAAGAAGCUCAGACCAUGCCGUGACCACGUAAGACAUUGAUUGUCCGGGUUCCGAC